AUGGCCUUGCGCGCAGAAGGCAGUCAGAGGCGACUCAGGAUAGGUUUUGUCCAUCCAGAUUUAGGCAUAGGCGGCGCCGAACGACUCGUCGUCGACGCUGCACUGGGGCUGCAAGAGGCCGGUCACAUCGUCGAGAUCUUCACGUCCCACCAUGAUCCUUCUCGCUCGUUUGCAGAGACACACGAUGGCACGCUCAAAGUGCACGUGCUAGGAAACAGUCUCUGUCCGCCGUCAUUCAGAGGCAAAUUCACGAUCGUCUGCUCCAUCCUGCGCCAGCUCAAUCUCGUCAUCUCGCUCAUAUUAGCCAUCACGCUGCACCAGCUUCAAGGUUGGCCCUUGACCGGCUGGAUUAUUCCCGCCCAAACACCUUGCAAGAGCUCGGCCGACUGGUCAUGGCGACGCGCUCAGGAGCCUUAUGACGUCUUUUUUGUCGAUCAACUGUCGGCUUGCCUGCCUCUGCUCAGAUGGGUACUCCGCACCCGAGCAGUCUUCUACUGCCAUUUCCCAGACUUGCUCCUCAAUCCUAGCAAGAUCGGCCACAACACCGGCGGCUUGCGCAAUCUGUACCGCAUUCCCAUCGACGCCAUCGAGGAAUUCUCUACGGGCCAAGCAGACAAGGUUCUCGUCAAUUCGCUCUUUACCCAGCAAGUCUUCUGUCAGACGUUCCCAGCUCUUCAGCGCACACCGCGCGUCGUCUACCCGGGCAUCGAUGUCAAAGCCUUUCAAGAAACGUCGGCGACGAACAGGGACGAUGCUAGCGUGCAAGCUAUCGCUUCUGACAAACCCACCUUGCUCUCCAUCAACCGCUUCGAAGCGAAGAAGAACGCAGCUCUCGCCCUCGAGGCUUUCGCCAUCGUCGCAAAGCAGAUGCCUCAUAUCAGGCUCGUUCUCGCCGGCGGCUUUGAUCCGAGACUGCAGGACAACGUUACCACUCUCGGCGCCCUGCAAACACUCGCCAGCACGCUUGACCUGCAUCAGCACACUUUCUGGCCAGCAGCACCGAGCCUGUCACAGUCGAGCAUACCGCGAACGCGAUUCGAGCCCGUCUUCAGUGCAGACCAAGCGCCAGAAGCUACUCAGGUCCUCUUCUUGCCCAAUUUCACUCAGAUUCAGAAGAGCUACAUGUUGCAAUCGAGCACAACACGGGCGCUUCUCUAUACGCCGAUGAACGAGCAUCUUGGCAUCGUACCACUCGAAGCAAUGGCAUCUGGCCUGCCUGUGCUCGCUUCGGACACAGGCGGUCCAUGCGAAACGGUCAUCGACCUUGCGACCGAACCGAGCGAAGGGACAGGCUACCUGCUGCCCAAUACAGUCGAGCGCUGGACAGACGCGAUACGAGCACUACUCGAGAUGACAGAUGAGCAGCGACAGAGAGUAGCCAGUGCGGGCAGGCGAAGAGUCAACGCGCACUUUUCGACUCGCUCGAUGUGCGAAAAGCUCGAUGUCGCCCUCUGGGAGACUGUCAGCAUAAGGACGAUGAUCUGGCGAGAGCCCGAAUUCCUCAAUGCCAUCAUGAUCUUCUCGAUCCCGCUGCUCGUCAUCUGCACUUUCACAUUCGUCCUCUUGAACGCGCCACAGCAUCAGAGAGCGGUCAGUCAGUCGAUAUAG